AUGAAAUUUUCAGCACUCUGGACAGCUCUCUGCGUUUCCAUGUACGGGGCGGCGAUGGCUUGCUCAGUGAAAAAGCUGGGCACUAACUCUGGGCGUUUCGCCAAUGCCACGCUGGUUCGACUGAAUGAGUUUUUAAGUGCCGGAUAUAAGAAAGGAGUUCGACCCGUGAGGAACUGGAGACAGUCAACGACUGUGGCCAUUGACCUAAUGGUUUAUGCUAUUCUCAAUGUGGACGAGAAGAACCAGGUCUUGACAACAUAUGUGUGGUACAGACAGCAAUGGAAAGAUGAGUUCCUUGUGUGGAAUCCUGAAGAAUUUGAUGAUGUCAAACAAAUUUCUAUUCCCACUAUCAACGUCUGGAUUCCAGAUAUUCUUAUCAAUGAAUUUGUGGAUGUAGGAAAGUCUCCCGAUAUUCCAUAUGUAUAUGUAGGCCAUGACGGGCUUGUACGCAACUAUAAGCCCAUCCAGGUGGUGACUGCCUGCUCCCUCAACAUCUACAACUUUCCCUUUGAUGUCCAAAAAUGCAGCCUGACUUUCCAGAGCUGGCUACACACAACUAAAGACAUCAACAUCACCCUAAUAAGAAGCCCUAAGGAUAUAAUGGAGGACAGGAGUGUAUUCAUGAACCAGGGAGAAUGGGAGCUGCUUGAAGUACUCUCCAAUUACAAAGAGUUCAGCCUGGAUAAUGAUGAUUACUAUGCCGAAAUGAAGUUCCAUGUUGUGAUCCGUCGCAGACCUUUGUUCUACACAGUCAACCUGUUGUUGCCGAGUAUAUUCCUGAUGAUAAUGGAUAUAGUUGGGUUUUACCUGCCCCCAGACAGUGGAGAGAGGGUGUCCUUCAAGAUCACUCUGCUCUUGGGCUAUUCUGUCUUUCUCAUCAUCGUCUCUGACACUCUUCCAGCUACUGCCAUAGGGACCCCUCUCAUUGGUGUGUACUUUGUGGUGUGCAUGGCUCUGCUGGUGAUCAGUUUGACAGAGACUGUACUGAUCGUGAGGCUGGUGCACAAACAGGAUCUGCAGUCCCAUGUGCCCCAGUGGGUCAAACACCUGGUGCUUGAGAAGGCCACAGUCCUGCUCUGCAUUCGCAACAAGAAGUUCUGCUCCCUCCUCUCUCAGGGAUCUGACCUCCCACUCUACAAAGAGAACAACAUGAACACAGCAGUGCGCUGCAGCCAUCACAGCUGCGAGGGUUCCGGAGAGACAGGGAGGAGCCUGGGCUUGGGUCUGACCGUGCGGGACAGCUGCCCUCCUGUCAUGGACAGCAUCCUGCAAGAGAUCACCAACAUCCGUCAUUUCAUGGAGAAGAAGGACGACAGCAGAGAGAUUGCUAAGGAGUGGCUGCAGGUAGGGUACGUGUUGGACAUCCUGUUGUUCAGGGUCUACCUGCUCAUCGUGUUGGCCUACAGCAUCACUUUAGGCACUCUAUGGUCUGUCUGGCAGAACGCCUGACCACAGGGAUAGAUCGUAGAUGGAAGGCGCCAGUUCUGUCUCACUGCUUAAAAUAAAUGCAGUGUUUGACAUGGUUAACGUGCUGUAAUGUGAUUGUUAUCGCACAGCAGAAGAACUUGUUGAGAACCACGGAGAACAAAUGUGCUUUUACAUUGUUAUUACUUGUGCACUGCUGUGCUCAUCAGAUCGAUGCAACCUUUUCAAAUGGCCAUCUCUGAAAGAAAAAUAGUCAAAUGUAGAGCAGCAUUUUAGUAUUGCUUUAAUUGUGUAGUGUAAGCGAUAUCACACGAGCAAGAGUGCUGCUUUACUGAAUAUUCAAUACAACAUGAACACAGUGCAUGACUGAGAGUGUCAUAUUGCCUUUAUACAACAAGCUUAAACAGGAACUGACAUUCCAGACUCAAUUUAGCCAGCUAUUAUGUUAAAGGCAAAGUUCACUCAAAAUGUAAUAUACUCAAUUUUAUUUUAUCACCCUCAUGACAUCCCAGAUGUGUAUGACUUUCUUUCUUAGGCAGACCACAAAUGGAGAUUUUUAGAAAAAUAUUUCAGCUCUGUAGGUCCAUACAAUUCAAAUGAAUGGUGACCAGAACUCAGAAGGUCCAAAAAGGACAUAAAAGCAGUGUAAAAAUAAUCCAUAUGACUCCAGUCCAGAUAUUCUGAAGUGAUAUGAUUGGUGUGGGUGAAAGAUACACUUUCACAUUCACUUCCACAUUCUGGCGUGGUAGUGACUUUCACUUUUACAUUCAGCCACCUACUGGCUGGGGCUGG